AUGGAGGAGAACACGGCGGCAGCGGCGGAGAGAAGAUCUGGUUGUGGUCUAUUGAGCGUUAUGUUCGGUAGACGUGCCUUGUGGUCCAAGAAACCUACCGUCGCCGAUAAUGGUAGCCAGAAAAGCACAUCCACGGCAGCAACCCCCGUCAGCAACAUCCAAUUCACUAAAUCUCCCGGUACCGAUUUCAAAAAACCUCGCGAGGACCAGAAGGUUUCGGCUGAGCCAAUCCAGAACAACAAGAUCCAGAACCAAAGGUCCGUAGUUCCAUCAAAAUCCUCAUCGAACCAAUACCCUAAUAACCACCAAUUAGGUCAUUACGAGAAUCAACAACGAAGUAGUCAUAACAACAAUAGUAGUAGCGUUGAUCCAUACCGAGGAGGACAGAGGAAAGUGCCGAGAGAAGCCAUCGGUUUAUCUGGCGAGCUUGAAAGCAUGAUCACCGAUCAUCAGAAAUCAAGAGGAGCCAAUGGACUUGUUCGUGCUUCCUCUAGCAAUGUCAUGUUAUUCGGAAAUCUUGGCAAUUUAAAUCAAUGCGGACCAGCAACAACUACAAACUACGGUAAUGUCAACACUGGUUAUGGUGGUAAGAGGACGACGGUGGCUGCUUCACCGGCGGCGACAGUGAAGAGUCAAGAUCAGUCAGGAUCAUUGUGUAGAGCAAUCUCAACAAGAAUGGAUCCGGAAACGUUGAAGAUAAUGGGGAAUGAAGAUUACAAGAACGGGAACUUCGCAGAGGCUUUAGCAUUGUAUGAUGCUGCGAUUGCGAUUGAUCCGAACAAAGCUGCGUAUCGUAGCAACAAGAGCGCUGCUUUGACCGCACUCGGGAGGAUUCUUGAUGCGGUUUUCGAAUGCAGAGAAGCCAUCAGAAUCGAGCCUCAUUACCAUAGAGCACAUCAUCGCUUGGGUAACUUGUACCUCAGGUUAGGAGAAGUGGAGAAAUCGAUAUAUCAUUUCAAGCAUUCGGGUCCAGAGGCUGAUCCUGAAGACAUUGCAAAGGCGAAAACCGUACAGACACAUAUCAGCAAGUGCACUGAAGCUAAGAGGUUAAGAGAUUGGAAUGGUUUGAUUACAGAGACGACAAACACAAUCUCUUCAGGAGCUGAUGCAGCUCCACAGGUAUAUGCAUUGCAAGUUGAAGCAUUGUUGAAAACGCAUAGACAUCAAGAAGCUGAUGAUGCUUUGUCUAGAUGUCCGGUUUUCGAUGUGGAAACCAGUACUCGGUACUAUGGACCGGUCGGUUAUGCUGGUUUCUUGGUCGUCCGUGCUCAGGUUCACUUGGCUAUUGGCAGAUUCGACGAGGCAGUGGAGGCGAUCCAACGCGCCGGGAAGCUAGACGGAAACAACCGGGAGGUGAACAUGGUUUCAAGGCGGGCUCAAGCGGUGACGGAAGCUAGAUUCAGAGGAAAUGAGCUGUUUAAAGCCGGGAGGUACGAGGAGGCUUGCGCCGCUUACGGCGAAGGAUUAGACCACGAUCCUCGAAACUCUGUUUUGCUCUGUAACCGUGCGGCUUGUCGGUCAAAAUUGGGUCAACUCGAAAAAUCUGUUGAGGAUUGCACGGCGGCGAUCUCUGUCAGGCCGGGUUACCGCAAAGCUCGUCUCAGAAGAGCCGACUGUAACGCCAAGAUGCGAAAGUGGGAAUUGACGGUAGCAGAUUACGAGAUAUUGAGAAAAGAGUCACCGGAAGAUGAAGAGGUCAUUAGAGGAUUAUCAGAAGCUCAACAACAACUCAUGAAACGACACGGCCAAGAUUCUUGA